ACUGAAUCCACCUUUCUCAUUUGUAUGGUAUAAAAAAUCAUCUCCUCUCUUAAUUUCUUACUGUUUCCUUCAUUCUGUCUGAGCGACUAAUGGAAAAGCAUGACAAUCUGCACUAUCUGUUGUUAAUGGCAGCUUCUGUUCAAGAGUUUCCAAAUAUAUCAGAACAAGUGCUCCCAAACAUGGAUUCUUCAGAAUGCUCAAGGCCACACAGCAUAAUCUCAAGCUAUUAGAUGCUUCUAUUUGAAUAUCAAGGGCUCAUAAAACAAAAGCAGCAUUUAAGAUAAUAUUUUUAAGUUUUCUUUUUCUUUUCCUUUUCCUCCCUGUUUUGAUUACUUUCAUUUGGGUUGGAAUGGGAAAAGCAUUGAGCCCCCUAGUAAAGCAAGAGCUUGCUAAUCUAAAUAAGGAUCCAGAUAGGAGGCGAACAUCUAUGAAUGUUCUGAAAACAUAUGUGGAGCUUCUAGACACAAAAUCUAUCCCCCUAUUCUUAGCUGAAGUAUCAGACUUCAAACAAAGUAAGGCUUCUCGUCAGCAUGCCAUAUCCCUCUAUGAAGUACUAGCCAGAACUCAUGGUAAAAAUAUUGUUCCUCACAUUGGGAAAAUAAUGGGCACAGUUGUUAAGGCACUAUGCUCAAGUGCAGGGUCAUUGCCUCUACAACAAGCUUGUGCAAGGGUUGUUCUAUCCAUAGCCAGAUAUGCCAUUGAUCCUCUUAGCACAGACACCCAACGUGAAGAUAUUAUAAGGGGUCUAUGUAGUCCCUUGCUUAAUGUACUCAUGGGUAAAGGACAGCCAUUGGGAGCUGGUGCGGCAUUGUGCUUGCAAGCCCUUGUAGAGUCAGAUAGUUGGAAAUUUGCUUCAACUGAUACUGUGAAUGAACUAUGCACCAGAGUAACAGGUGCGCUGGAGGAGAAAGGAACACAAACAGCUGCCCACAUGAGUCUGGUUUGUUCUUUAGUCAAAUUGAAUAGCCAGAUUCUUGAAGCAUAUGGGAGGGCUUUGAUUAAAGCAGGGAUCAAGAUGUUGGAAGAUGGAGUCAGCAAUGAGAGCUGGCAGCAGUGUGUGGAUGCACUGCAGAUGAUCAACAGUCUGUUGAAAUCUGUGGGCAUUGGCAUUUUGGGUUAUGAACUUCGUAGUAUAGUUGAUUAUUUGGAUAAAUGCGGUUUGGACAAAGUGCCUUAUGUGAGGGACGUGGUUGCUGAAACCCUUCAAACUGCAAAGAUAAAAGUUUCUGAGAAGGGCUUAACUGAUCUUGUAAGAAUGCCAUCGUUCAAGUUAUCUCCAAGUCACAAAUUCCAAAGAAGACGGAGCCUAUGGUGUGAAAGUGAUCCUUCAUGUGGUUCCUCUAAGACUCCUACAUAUGGAUCCCAGGAAUCAUAUGUUGUCUCCUACACCCCUUCUUCUGUUUCUUCUGGAGGUUCUUUAGAUAAUGAACUGUGUUCUUCUCCUUCCAUGCAGUCUGAUGCAGGUCAGCAAGAUUACAGAAUAUCAGAGUACGGUGUAAACAAAAUGUGGAAACAAAUGGAGUUUGAGAAUGGAGGUGUUGACAUUUCACUAAAGGAUGGUAUACUAUUUAUGAAUGCAAGAGAAUGUGAUGCUCAGCAUGGCAGAAAUGGAGAGUCUAAACAAAUUUGGUCACAUAUUAAUUUUCAGAACCACCACGAAGACAACCUCAAGGAUACAGAGAGUGUUAGGUCAAGUGAUUUCCAUGGAUUUGAACAGUAUGACACCACAAAUGGAGAUGUAUCUGCAUAUAAAAGCUGGAAGCCAACGACAGUUUCUGAUACAGAUACGAUUCAAAGGGAGCAUGCCCAAAAAGAGGCAGAGAAAGAUGUACCAACUCAAAAAAGUUCUUUUCUUAGAACCUCUAUUUUCGGCUGGAGUAGGCAACCCAAUCCUAUAGAGCACACUGUCACUCAUCAGGUGUCAAGUUUCCCAUUGACAGUUGAGGACUUCAAUAUUUUUGCUACACCAAAGAAAAUCAUCAGGUCUUUGCAGCAAUCUUCUCCUGACACUGCAUGUGUGAAAAUGCAGGCUGUGAAUGAACAUAAAGAUGAUGAGUAUGAGACUUCAAGUGAGUCAGGGUGGCCUGAAAUGGAUGAUCUGGUUUGCAACAGUAAUGAUCAUGUCCUAAGCAACCUGGCAGAAGGAGAUGCUAAUUUUGCCCCAAAGUCUGGGGGAUUGCUCCCCUAUUUUGAGAGUGUAGGUGAUAAGGUUUCCAAUGGAAACAAUGCUCUAGAUGGAAGCUCAGAGGAAGGCAGUUCUCUGUGGUCGUCAAGUGGUCAUGGGAGCAAUAUUUUAUCAUCUUCUUUUUCUACUUCCCUUCAUGUUGAUGAGAAGAAAGAGCUCAAGUUAAAAGGCUCUAAGCCGAUGAACCAUCUUCAACAAUACAAUGAUUCAAUCCAUAGAAGAGAAGCUAACCUGAUGACAUUUUUUAAGAGGGUAGCAAGUUCAAUAUUACCUGCCAAAGCAGAACGGGCAGGCGGAAACUGUAUUCGAUGGAAGAAAACAAAGAGCUAUGUGCAGCUUACUUUGAGAGGAUUCUUCAUUCUUGGCAUGCUGUUUUUUCCUGCAGCUCUAAUGGCUGCUAAGUCCUUAAGCAUGCAAGAAGAUUACCAGCUCUUGGUUCCUACCUAGAAAGGCUGCAAUAGUAUGUUUCCAGACCAUGGCAUAUGCUAUAACAAUGUAGCCUGUGUCUUAGGGAUAUGGAAAGUUGAUUUCUCUGCUAUUAUAUGGUUUACUGUAUAAAGCAGAGAAAAAUAUUGGGUUGCUCAUGCCUUGAUCAAAGUUAACGCUAUUUUGAGUCUGCUGUAUGCUUUGUCAUUUUCUUUCUUGCUGACAGUGUUCUCAUUUCUUAUGAGAUCAACACUAUUGCAAUAUUAUAUGAUUGCAAUCUUAUUAGAAACAAUUGAUUCAUGAGUUUUGUUUACA